UUGCCGUAUUUUACGAUAAUUACAUAAAUGUAAAGACCGUACAUCCUGUUCCUUACAGAUGUCUGACAAUAUCUGCUGGGACCGUACCACUCAGAGCCUAGUGCUGUCAUCCUAUUUCUACGGACAACUUAUAGCCCCCUUUAUAUCCGGAUUGGUGACCCAGCGCUUUGGGGUCAAACGCCCAAUGGCGCUUUACAUGCUGUUAUCCUCGAUUUUACUGAUGGCGACCCCUGAAUUGGCGCGAAGGAGCUCCAGUCUGACCAUUGCUGUUCGGGCUGUACAGGGAUUCCUAGGGUCGGGAUGCCUACCAAUGUACUCACAGCUGUGGGAUGAGUGGGCCCCGACCCCAGAACGGGGUGAACUCCUCGCCUUCACACUCUCAGGACUUGACUUGGGAAUACUUGUUGCCUUCGCCAGUUCCGGAUAUCUGUGCACAAUUCCAGUGGACAAGGGAUGGCCGUUUAUUUUCUACACUUACGGUGGCUUGACGUUGAUAUGGGUGGCGACGUGGCUCUUGUUUGUGACGGAUUCACCGAAGACGCACCCCUUUAUUAGUCACAAGGAGAGAAAAUUCAUACGCGGUAAUAGACACGACCAUGUCAGUGAUAAGUCAGAGAAUGAUCCAGUAAAGACGCCGUGGCUUUUGAUUCUGAGGUCGGGACCAGUGUGGGCGAUGAUGGCUGCCAUGGUUUCUGUUGCUUCCGGAAUGUCUCUAGUGUUUUCAUACCUACCAAAAUACAUGGAUAAUGUGCAUCAUCUUAACACAAGAGAGAAUGGACUUUUGUCAUCUCUUCCCUUUCUCGGCCGUGGUCUUUCAAUCAUCUUUAUUGGUAUCUUAACAGACAAAAUCCUACAGCGGAAGUGGAUAUCUGUUACCAAAAUGAGGAAGAUAAAUCAGUGUUGUUCUUCUUUCACGGCGGCCCUGUCCAUUUACUUUGUCCAGUAUGUACACCGAGCUGAUCUGGCAAUACUGCUCAUAACUUUGUCUACGGCAUCACUAGGAGGAACCAUGUCAGGAGCAUACACCAAUUCUUUGGAACUGGCUCCAAGGUACGCGUCGUCUUUAUCAGGGCUUGCAUUCACUUUGAAUGGAGUGGGACAGAUCACAGCCCCUAUAGCGGGAUCUCUUAUCAUACAAGAGGGAACAACUGCCAGUUGGGGGAACAUGUUUAUGUCCUUGAGUGCUGUAUACAUAUGUGGGGGAGUAGUGUAUGUACUAUUAGGAAGCAGUGACGAACUCCCUUGGUAUUCACAAGCCAAACAAAGUGAAAAAGUACCAGAAAUAUCUAACAUAUCACAAAUUGUCAUCAAAAUGAGUGAAAAAUCAGAAUAUGGUCAUUGAAAUGGUAGGCGUUAACAUUGAUAUCAUAGUUUUGUUUUAUCUUCAGUUUAUAUCAACACAUAUCCAAAAUGAUACAUGAUACAAAUGAUAAAUAUAUACAUGUUCAUGACCACUGAAUCCUUUCAUAAAACUCAUUGAGUUUUUGAAUGAAGUAUUGUGGUCAAAAUGUGAUUAUCUUUGAACAAUUUAUUGCAGGGAGAAAUACUAAUUCAUCAAAUGUCGAGUUGAAUGUGCCACAAUUUUCUCAAAAAUUGUGUCGUAUAUAAACAAAGUCAUGGGAUUAUAUUGACAAACGUUUUUGUUGCAUUUGUCAAAUGAACAGUUUUACAAAUCUCCAUAUAUGCAAUUUCACAUAACUAAGUGUAGAUUGUAUUUCACACUUUUCUUGAAAUGUGUAGAUUGUAUAAAACACUUUUGUAUGUAUAAUUUAUUGAACACUUUUGUUGAAGUGUGUAGAAUGUAUAUAACACUUUUGUAUAUAUAUUGUAUAUCCCACUUUUUUGAAGUGUGUAGAUAAUAUAUAACACAUUUGUUGAUUUGUGUCCCAGUCGAGUGAUGAUAACUAAUUAUUUAAGAGAAAAACAAUAAUUGCAGAAAUAAUUUUUAAAAGAUGUUAAUAAAGUAAUGUGAGUGAUUAUCUAAUAGUCUGGUAAUUCUUUAAGUGAUAAAGAAUAAAGUAUU